AUGUUACCGCUCUCCUUGCUGAAAACCUCUCAAGGGCACUCCAUGCUCGUUGAGUUGAAAAACGGUGAAACCUACAACGGAGUUUUAAACGCCUGCGACGCCUGGAUGAACGUCCACUUAACGAAAGUGGUGUGCACGAACAAAGACGGCGACCGGUUUCACGAGCUGGAGACGUGCUUUAUUCGAGGGAAUACGAUUAAAUACAUGUGCGUGCAAGAAGAGAUCAUUCAGUUAGCGAAAGAGGAGAACGAAAGGAGAGCGGCGCAAAGAGGACCGUAUCAAGGCCGGGGCGGCGGCAGAGGCGACGGCGGCAGAGGGAGAGGUCGAGGCAGAGGAGGCAGAGGAGGCAGAGGAGGCGGCGACCAAUAA